ACCCCGCAGGGAGCGGUGGCAGUCGACCGCAGCAGCACGCCACCGCCGCGCGCUCUGGACUGUCGCCAGCCGAGCACGCGGCCGCCUGCCACUGACCGCCGCAUCUCCUGCAUCGCAAGUGUGCCAGUGAACAGCGCCAGUUGUGUUAACAGCUGACUGGCGUCAUAAUUUGUGGAUUCUGCUCGAAGCGAAGAGCAUUGUUGUGUGAAAUUUCCGUUUUUGAGAACUCCAAGUGGACGAGAUUGUAGUGGAUUCAUUUCAGCCAAAAAGCUUCACCGUAAGACAAGUGUUUCUCCCCCCGUCGUGGACGUCACUGGAGUAUCCCGAACGCGUCGACAAGUACUCAAGCAGCCGUUCGAGGUACGUUAUUGGCAUACGAGCACUCGCUAGCAGGUCACAAGGUAUCACUGACUGUCAAACCCAAAGAAAUCCCGGUGGGCUCCAAUAUUUCACUGCGUGUCAUCCCGGAAGCGAGUCCAACUUGCUAAACAUUGCGCCACCUUGCUCGGCACCUUAAGGUUAAACAGCGCUAGUCCUUCGCUGAAGAACGACACGUUAUACAGCAGCGGGUGACAAAUUGCCUCGUCUAUAGGAGUUCCUUCUGAUGAGCUGCGUUUCAGAAGGAACGAUCCCCUGAAGCGUAGCUCACUACUGGACCAACUGAGAUAGCGCGGCAUGAGCGAGGGCGGGCAGCCGCCGCCAUGAGGCGCCACGACUCCGCCACCGCCCCCGCACCGCCACCCGCACCCCAGCUGUACUACCCGGCGCAGCAGCACAUGGUGGUGUCCGGAGAGAAGAGCGGCCGCAGCGGCCGGUGGUGGGGCGCCGGGGGCCGCAGCCCGUCGCUGGCGGGCCCCGGUCCGCCGCACCACCAUUCGCAGCCGCCGCCCACGCGCCAGCUGAGCGACCCCGGCGCCGACCCCAGCGGCGGCGGCUACCUGCUCAACGAGUACCGCCACAAGUACGGCACGCUCUCCGCGGGGGGCGGCAGCGCCCUGUCGCGCUCGAUGCGCUACGCGGACCCCUGGGUGUACGCCGGCGGGGGCGGCGGGUCGGUGCGCGCCGCGCCGCCGCCCCCGCAGGGCCGCCACGGCGCCUGCUGCUGCCCGGACGCCGGCGCCGGCCACGCGUCUCGCAGGGGGCUGCCCGCUGUCUGCAAGAAGUGCGGCGGAGCGCGCCCGCUCUUCCCGCCGCACGCAGGCACGACGGCCGUGCGGGGCCCGCGCGUGCGGCCGCAGCUGGUGGUGACCCCCGACCCGUACGACCUGGUGCGCCGCAACCGGCUGGGCGACGCGCUGCUGGGCUCGCCGCAGGCGCCGCACAAGCUGUCCCCGGCGUCGGCGGCGUCGCCCGGCGCCACCAGGAGGCACCGAGCGCGCGCCAAGAGCUCCUCUCCGUCGCGGCGGGCGCGCACCAGCCGCAGCCCGUCGCCCAACAUCAACCUCAGACUGACGCAGCCCUCGAACGACAAGCGCAAGUCGAUCCUGGAGUGCGACGUGACGGCGUACGAGCUGAUCGCCAAGUACCUGAAGGGCGGGCCCGACAGGCGGCGGAUGGCGCCGUCGCUGUCGGCGGCGGGCUCCGUCGAGGACCUGCUCGUCGACGACGACGACCUGAGUGACCGGCUCAGCGACAACGCGCUCGACGAAGAUUCGCCGGCGGCGUCCGGCGCGCGCUACAACAACAACCGCAACACUAACCACAACCGCAACAAGACUGACAUCAACAGCAACGUGGGCCGCGCCGACAGGCCGACGAGGUCGGGCCGGUCGCCGGCAGCCGCGGCUGGGGUGACCAUCGCGGGCCAGCGCAUCCGCCUCUUCAACGGCUCCUCUCCGGCGUACUCCCCGCGCUCGUCGCAGGAGCGCCACGACGGGGAGUUCGUCAGCGACGAGGACGCCGAAGAGGACGAGGCCAACAGGGGCGACUUCCGGUUCACCAACCUCAACUUCGGCCGCAGCUCGCCUCCGCCGCAGCCGGCGGCGACGCAGGCUCAGUACCACCUGUUCCAGCACGGCCACCACCAGCAGCAGCAGCUGCUGCAGCCGCCGCGGGGCAGCCUGCAGACGGCUAGGUCCACCGAGCAGGCGUCGCUUAUACCGCGGCCCAGGCGGCCGCCGCGCCGGCAGAAGUCCGCGCCGGAGCCGCAGCAGCCUCCCCGGCAGGAGUCCGCAGCGGUGACAUCGGACAGUGACGUGACGGACAGCGAGCUGCUGGCGGCGGCGGCGGUGGCGGCGGGCGUGAACGCCGGCCCGGGGUCGCUGCCGUCGCCGUCGGCCAUCAAGUCCAUCCUGAAGAAGCCCGCGUCGCUGGACCGGGCGACGAUGAGCCGCUCCGCGUCCACCUCGGGCUCCCGGUCGCCGGUGCCACACUCGAGGCACCAGCACAGGCACCACGGCCAGCACCAGCUGCAGCACUCGCAGAGCCAGGUGGUCGGCGGCGACUUCUACCUGCCCACCUUCCAGGAGUUCAAGCUGCAGCAGCAGCAGACCCACCAGCACCACCAGCAGCACCGCAGGAAGAAGCAGGUGCAGUUCGUGUGCGUGACCCCCGAGGAGGACCACACGGUGCCCGAGGUGGUCUCCGUGGUGGUCAAGGACGAGGACGCCGACGAGGACGAGACGGAGCGCACCGCGGCCGAGGACGACGAGGACGAGGACCAGCCGGUGACGUCGCCGUCGACGAGCGGCGACGAGGGCGAGGAGAGCGCGGCCGUGAGCAGCAGCAGCGCGAGCGCCGGCGACCAGAGCGCCAGCAACAGCGGCAGCACGGCCGGCGGCGACGGCGACGGCGACAACGACAGCGCCACGCUCAGCGCGCCCAGCUCCAGCGUCAGCGCCGGCGACGCGCCCGCCCCGCCGCCCCCGCCGCCGCCCCCGCAGACGGCCGCGUCCGCCGCCAGGGCGCAGCUGCGCCUGCAGCUCGCCAGGGGCGUCAGCGAGGCCAACGUCUUCCGCGACACGCAGCACCUCUCACUGGCGGGCGCGGCGCCGUCGGUGUGCCUGCGACGGAGCCAGAGCGACCGGCAGGUGGCAGGCGGCCCGCCGGGGUCCGGCGCGGCGCCCUUCACGGACACGAUGCGCCUCCGCCAGCGGCAGCGCCACGCAGCCGCGGCCGCGGCCGCCGCCGCCUCGCGGCCCGACCCGCGCGGCCUCUGGGGGCGGCAGCCGUCGCUGUCGCCGUCGCAGAGCCGCCAGCGGCUGCUGAGCCCGGCGCGCCAGCGGCCCCGCGAGCCGCCGCCCCCGCCGCCCCCGUUGCAGCAGCUGCAGCCGCCUCCGCCCGUGGCGCCCGGCCGCCAGCGGGGCCGCGUGCGCGCGCCGCCCCUCGGCCAGCUGCGGAGGCAGCUGCCGGCGCGGCCGCCCUCCAUCUCGCUGUCCAUGUCUACCGACGACCUCAGCUAUGCAGGCGCCGGCCCGCGAUCGCCGUCGCCCCUCUCCGAGCUGUGUUUGGACGUUCCCCAGGAUCCCCGCUCCCUGCAGGUGCCCGGCUACGGGCGGCCCAACUCGUGGACGACGUCGGCGGAGGGCGGGCGCGCGGCGUACCGCCUGCUGAAGGAGCACCGCAACAGCGACCCGGGGCCCGGCCCGCGGGCCGCGCUGGCCGCCUCCGCCGCCCCCUCCGCCUCCUCGUCCACUUCUUCCGAGGAGGAGAGCGGCCGCGGGGGCCGGCUGCCGGCCACGCCCACCACGCCGCCCGCGCCGCUCGCCACCGAGCAGAUGUUCGAAGACGACGGCGAGAUGCCGCUUUUCAUGCGCCGGCCGGACCCCGACGACUCGACGGCCGACGACUGCCUCGUGCCCUCCGUCGACGAAGACAGCGCCGGCGGCAAGCCGGGCCGCACCGUGGUGACCGUCACGGCGCCGCCCUCGCCCGGCGUACACCGGCUGCAGGUCCGCAGUGAGUCGGUGUGCGACCUGGGCUCCAGACAAGGGGAGCUGAGCCCGCGCGCCGGUCGCCGGACUUCCAUCGUGAUUAGCGGCAGUGGUGGCGCCGCCGGCGGCGGUAGCGGAUACCUGAGCCCGGGGGGAAUCCCCGGCUUCCCGGGGUCCAGGGGCAGCCUGGACUCGGAGAUGCGGCGCGCCGCCUCGGAGUACGACUUGGUGCGCAACGCCGCCAACCGGACGUCGGUCCUUAUCCGCGACGGCGGCGGCGGCUCCAGGCACCAGCUGCACCCCGUCGAGGCCCACGGCGACGCCAACAGGGUCACCAUCAGCGUCGGCGGAGGCGAGCCGCCGUCGCCGCGCCACUUCGACGGCUUCGGCUACCUGACCAGCAGUUCCUCGUGCACGGUCAUCGACACCGCCUCCAACAACGCCAACAUCAUCUACAACAACAAGAACAACACGAGUUCCCUGACGAUUCUCUCGCAAAACAGCGCGUCCACCAGCUCGCUCGCCAACCCGGUAGUGAUCUCGGUUUCGCACGACGAGGACGACGCCAGGCGCAAGUUUGCGGCCGAUCGCCGCCGCCACAGUCAUCAGCAACCGCAGCACCACCUGAGCACCGUCACGGUCAACGACGAUUCGCCGCAUUACGACACCCCGGCCGACAGUGUGCCCAGCAGGGUGACCGUCUUGGAAACUGGCGCUUACGACUCGGGGGCCGAGACCGGUAGCGUCUCGAGCAUCGUCAUCGAUACGGCGACACCGUCCUUCUCUGUAGUAGAGGACGCACGAGAAAUGGACGAAGAGACUGCAGCGGCCCUCCGCGACCCGGUGGAGGCAGUGCGUAGGAACCUAGUGCCCCACGUAUGUGGCAAGAGGGACGACCCGGUGGAUAGGCUCAGCUCGCUGAUCGACAAUGGCGGCCAAGUGAGGCGUUCACCUGCCGAGGAAGUGGAGGAGCCCUACCCUGUGGACGCAACGGCGGGCAACGACGCCGCCAGGGCCCUGCUUCUGGACGGGGCUGAUUCCAGGAAGAAGACAAGCGGUAGCCGCAAGGAAGAUGGAGCGGAGAAGGGCGCGACAGAUGCGGAGGAGCAAGAGCAGCACCAGGAGGAGGACCUGUACGAGAGUAUCAAGGAGCACAUCUACGAGGAGAUCGGCGCGCCCACGGCCACGCCCACCACCACGCCCACCACCACGGCCAGCUCCUCGGCGGCGACCACGCCCUCCGCGGCGACCCCCGCGGUCAUCGUGCAGGACGAGCACGGCGUGCCGCAGCCCCCAGAUGCGCACGGGCAGGGGCGAUCCAUGUUCGAGGGCGCGAGCAAGUACGACAUCCUGAGCUACCUGGCGGACGCGCGCGACCGCGUGCACACGGACGAGGACGCCGACGGCGACGGCGACGGCGACGCCGACGACGACGUGGAGGAGCUGGCGGCGGGCGGCGCCGCGGCGCGCCGCGCUCACCAGGCGGCCGGCCACGAGCUCAGCAGCCGCGCCUCCCAGCUCAGCAACGCCAGCGACUCCAGCGAGGACAGCGUCUCCGCGGACACCCCGGCCAAGGUGCGCAAGAGCUGCGCGGAGAUCGAGCGCAACGACUCCGGCGUCGGCAGCGAGACGAGCAAGAGCAGCCGCAGCAGGUGGCAGUCGGGCGGCGCGGGCUGCGGAGGCGGCGGGGGCGGCGCGGCCGCGGGCGACCAGGACCAGCUGCAGUGCGAAGACUGCGACCAGCGCGUCGACACGCACGUCACCGACAGUGGCGUUAUGUUCGCGCCGAUGGUGUGCCGCAAGUGCGCCAAGCGUCGGGCCGAGCGCAAAGAACUGCUGGCCGAGAUCGUGGACACGGAGGAGAAAUACGCACGCGACCUCAAGAUCGCUCUCGACGAGUUCUACCGACCAAUGCUCGUCGCCGGACUACUCACCCCAGACCAGCUCGCCGCCAUCUUCCUCAACAUGCAGGAGCUGCUGGAGCACUCGCGCGCGCUGGCACACAAGCUGCGCGACUCGCUGGACGUGGCGCUGGAGCAGGGCGACGAGGACCUGCUGACCGUCAACAUCGGCCGCCUCUUCCUCGAGGCUGCGCCCAUGCUGCACGCCUUCGAGUCCUACUGCACCAGACAGGGAGCAGCUUCAAUGCUGUUAUCGAAUCUUGAGAAAGAAAAGGAAAUUCUUCGCAUUUUCCUUAGGGUCUCCCAAAUGGAAAAUGCUGUAUUGAGACGCAUGAAUCUCAACUCUUUCUUAAUGGUACCAGUACAGCGAGUUACCAAAUAUCCCCUGCUUUUGGCACGGCUAUACAAAUUGACUCCUGCACAUCAUGAGGGAAGAGAACUGCUCAAGCAAGCUCAGCACAAGAUUGAGUUGCACCUUGAGCAUAUCAAUUCAGAAGCAAAGGACAUCAGCACUAUGAAACUUUGGAGACGUAUAUCAAUAAUAAAUGGGCGAAGACUGAGCAGUGAAAGUGACAUGAUUAAUAUUAAGCUCAGAAAGAUGGCUCUUGAAGUGUUGGAGUGGAACCAUGAAGAAGCAACAUUUUCCAUGGAAGGAAAGCUUUUAUACACAAAUCCUACAGACAAUAAUUGGAGAAAAGGCCGAACAAUCAAGCUGAAUCCUAUCAAUGCUCUUCUAGUUACCAAAGGAAAGCUGUCUGAGGAAUAUCAGAUUGAGCCUCCUGAUGAUUUAUUGAUGUUUCCCCGCAAGACUGGGGUUCGCGAAGCCACCUUGUUACUUGUCAGAGAAAAGAGUGGCAGAUAUUCAUUAUUAAGGGAUCCCCUGUUCCUUGACAAGUGCAUAGUAUGUUGUGAGACUGAUUGGGAAGAUUACUUUGAAGUGCAAGAAUUGGCGUCUAAGGAGACCUAUAUUUUCAAGGGUGAGGAUGGGGAAAGAACAAAGACUUGGUACAGGACACUACAAUGCCAUGCCCAAGGGCUUGGCUCCUGGAGACGAAGGAGAAAUGCCCUGGCUAACAUCAUAAAUGGAAUGGUUGCACGGGACUAGGUGCACCAACAGUCAACACUGUCUGCUGUGAUAUUUGGCACCGGUUUUCAGAAAUGAAAUGCCAUUACGGGAUUUUUUUUCUGUGCUGUUAAUGCAUAUGUAUUCCUUCCUAUCUUAUAAAUAGACAAAUAACUUGUUGUAAGCUACUUUCCACUUUUCUGAAAAAUGAUGUACAAAGCAUGUAAGUUACAUAUGUAUAGAUGAGUACAAUGAAAAUAAAUUUAUAAUAUUAAAAAUA